AUGGAAAGAAUUUUAUGCUUGAGUAGCUUUAUAGGGGUUAUUAUUUCAAUAUUCAAUAGCUAUUUAGCAAUUUUUAUUUUAGCAGGGCUACUUCUGUUUGACCUCCUAAGCUUAAAGCCAACAAUAGAAAAAUCUUCCACGCUAAUAGCAUUUACUUCAUUUGCUCUAUGCACAAUUACGCAGCUAGGAUUUGAAUAUCUGCCAGACUCAUGCUGGGGAAUAUCACUGAAGCUUUAUUUGCUUUCUCUCUGCAUAUUUCACGUAUCAGAAUUCUUGACGCAAUCUUAUUUCCACCCCCAAUCCGCAAAAUUUUCAAGUAACUUUUAUGCAGCUUAUCUAUUAAAUCAUAGCAGAGAAUACGAACUAGCUAUUAUUAUUUCUUUUAUUGAGCACGCUAUAAAGCUGGCAAUCCCGUUCCCAGAAAUGUUUUAUAAUUGGCUUGCGUUGUGCAUUGGGAUUUUUGUGGUAGUGAUUGGACAUUUCUUCAGAAUUGGCGCAGAAAUCAAUGCAGGCUCGAAUUUUACUCACCUGAUACAAAACAGCAAAAAAGAAACCCACACACUUGUCACGUCAGGAUUUUACAAGUAACUCCUAUUUAGAAUAUGCCGCCAUCCUAGCUAUCUCGGCUGGUUUCUUUGGUCAGUUGGUACACAAAUAAUGUUAGGCAACAUUAUCUGCUCAAUAGGCUUUUUUAUCACCUCUAGGCAGUUUUUUAGUGGAAGAAUUUAGUAACCUUUAUACAGUUAUGAAGAAUACACCUUGCUAGAGUUUUUUGGGACAGAAUACCUAAGUUACUCCAAAAAAACGUCUCAAUUCAUGCCUUUCUUUGAUAAUUUUCUCAACACCCCUAAGAUUACCUAA